AUGGCGACCCCAGCACCCCUAAAGUUAGAGCCCCUGACACUUGAGGAUACGCCUGCUCUCACUAAACUCUGGUUCGCUGCCUUCACAGACCUAGAACUCCGCCGCGUCUUCCCCGACACACCCGCCGUCCGCCAAUAG